AUGACUAAAGACAAUUUUCGUCUUGGAAAAUUCUAUCUUACUGGUAUACCUCCAGCUCUCCGCGGAGUGCCUCAGAUUGAUGUAGAAUUUGAAAUGAAUGCAAAUGGACUUUUAAAUGUUUCGGCUCAAGACAAAAGCACUGGAAAUUCACAGAACAUUACAAUCUUAAGUGACAAAAGUAAAGAGGAAAUUGAUCGAAUGGUUUCCGAUGCUGAGAAAUAUAAAGAAGAAAUUGAAAAACAAAAGCAGCGUCUCACAGCAAGAAAUCAACUAGAACACUUUAUAUUUAGUGUUAAACAGGCUUGUGAAGAGUCACUAAGUUGGCUGGAUAAUAAUUCUCUGGCAGAGAAAGAAGAAUAUGAGGACAAAAUGAAAGAAUUGCACAAAGUUUGUACCCCCUUCGUGACCAAACUGCAUGAUAAUGAUCAAAAUGGAACGUCAAUUAGUGACUGA